AACGAGGCUGCUGCCAUUUCGCUCCUGACGCUCAGCAGCGUCGCGCGCCGCGCCGCGUCGCGUCGAGCCGCUCCCGGUGCCUGUGCGCGUUUCCCCGUGUUCAGUCCCCGGAAUGAGCGCAGUGAUGGCGGAGGGCUGCUUUCUGUCCGCCCUGCAGCCCAACUCCCACCGCACCGCCUACGUGCUCCCCUCGGACGGUCCCUCUCCGGACCCGGCGGCGAAAGCCCGCAGGGUCCGGGAGCAGGUCCGGAUGCGUCUGGCGGAGAAGAAGUCUCUGUCUCUGCCCAGACUGGACGACUCCGCGGCGGCAGCGACAGACUACAGCUUUCCUGAGGCGCGGAGCUUCACCCACACCCACGGUUUCAGCUCCAGAUCCAUGAUCCACACUCCCAGUCGCGUCAUGGCUGUGUCCACCGUUCCCCCUCAGACCUCCGGCUUCUCCUCGCGCUCUGCCGUGGAAUCCGGGUCCAAGCUGAGCCAUAAAGGAACCACCAUCGUACAGACCAACUACCACAGCUCCCACUCACACAGUAGAAGCCGACGCUCCAAGUCGCUGUGCCAGACGGACCAGGACCUGCUUCCUGCCGCUGUUCUCAGUCAUCCAGAGAAUGCCCACUACCGCAUCGCGGAUCCUCCGCCCGGCACUCUGCGCCGGAGCCUCAGUGGGAUUCUGGCCCAGGAACGAGGCUACUGCCAUGACGAGGAGCUGCCCAAUCACUACACCUACAAAGGCCCCUCCCAUCGCACCAUCAGCCGCAUCACCAACCGCCAGCAGCAGUACCAGCAGCAAAGCUGUGCCUACGGCCAGGAGGGCUGGGCGGCCGCGGGCCGGGCGGCCCACGGCACCGGGGAUGGCUGGGGAACACAGUGGCAGAAGCACACGUCCAGGAGCAACCAGGUCAUAGGGACGGGGCAGUACCAGGCUCCCCUCCACAGGGCCCCGUCGGUGCGCAGUGUGAGGAGCGUGGGCAAAGGGAUGGACGUGAUGGAUGGAGCAUCGAUACAUAGCAACGACCCGCUGGGAGACAUGCAUGGUCUAGACAUGGUCACAGCCGUCAGAUACCUGUCUGAAGCGGACGCUUCUCUGCAAGUUCUUGGCGCUGCGUACAUACAGCAUCAGUGUUACCAUAGCAACGACGCCAAGAACCAGGUCCGUGCUCUGCAUGGCGUCCCGGCGCUGGUCCGUCUGUUCUCCAGUGACAGCCAGGAAGUGCUGCGCUACGCCACCGGAGCCGCGCGCAACCUCAUCUACGAGAACGCCGAGAACAAGGUGGCGCUCAUAGACGCCGGCGGAGUCACGCUCCUCAUCAGCAUCCUCGGCGAACCUGAUGAGGAGCUCCGGAAGACCAUCACAGGGAUUCUGUGGAACCUGUCCUCCAGAGACAACCUGAAGGAGAAACUGUCCAAAGAAGCCUUGUCCGAGCUGACGGAGAAGAUACUGAUCCCUCUGUGCAGCAGCAUCCCACUGUCCCCGUCUGAGAAAGAAAUCUUCUACAACACCACGGGCUGCCUGAGGAACUUGAGCUCGGUGAACGAGCGUACGAGACAGAGGAUGAGGGACAUGCGAGGCCUGCUGGACUCCCUGGUGUCCUACGUUCAGCAGGAAAACAGGGCUGACGACAAAGGCUUGGAGAACUCGCUGUGUGUCAUGAGGAAUCUGUCCUACCAGCUGUACGCAGAGCUGCCUCCCUCGGUCCGACUGCGUUUACAGGGUCCAACGAGAGCUUCAGGCGCCAGUUACGGCGACGCCAUCGGCUGCUUUGCUCUGUACAACAAAAAGAACGCACAGCACCGUAACCAGUACCUGUCCGUACCGUCUGAGGUGUCCCGGCAGCCCAAGGGGUCCGAGUGGCUGUGGCACCCUAAGGUGCUGGCCCUGUACAAGCUGGUGCUGCAGAACAGCGACGGCAGCGGCGCCGCCCGCGAGGCUGCAAUCGGGGCCCUGCAGAACAUCACUGCAGGAGAGUCCAGGUGGGCGUCGGUGCUGAGCAACGUGGCGCUGGAGCAGGAGAGGAUGCUGCCCGUCCUGCUGGACCUGCUGGACACCGACAGUGACGUGGAGCUGCGGCCUCUGACCGGCCUGCUGAGAAACCUGGCCAAGCACAGCGCCAACAAGGACAGCACAGCUAAGAACAUGGUGAGCGUCUUGGUGGCCAAGCUGCCCCACGACGGCCUCCAGAAGGCGCCGUCCAGCGAGGUGGUGGUCAACAUCUGUGGGGCCCUCAACAACCUGGUCGCCUGCAGUUCCUCAGCCGCGCGCGACAUCUUGUACUUGAACGGCGUUCCCAAACUGCAGGGCAUCAAGAGCUCCCACGACAGCAGCUCUGGGGCUCUGAAAGCAGCCACGGCCGCCUCGACCGUCCUCUGCAACAUGUUCCGGUACAAUAAGCUGCACAGAGACUUCAGAAUGAAAGGAUUUUCCAGACCAGACUUCACAGAUCCGUCCAUCUAGGCUGCAGCGUGUUUACAGUACAUGCUUAAUGAAGGGCUUUACGCCUCGUGACCACGGCUGACGUGAGGAAAAGACGACGACGGAACAGCGGAAGGAGCAGAUUAAGUGUGAUGGACUCCAACUCCAAAUAGGACUCUGAAGCAGUAGAACAGAGGACUUUUGCUUCGGCCUCUCUUUUAGCGGACGGUUUAAAUUGGCUUAGCUUGUGCAGCAAGACUAAUGAUGGGAACGUUCACACGCAUCAGACACUGUGUUGUGUGUGUAUUAAUGACAUAAUGAAUUAUUGUUGUUGAAUAAGGACAAAGCCACAGAGGCUUGCAGUUACACAUAUGCAUGUACGCUGGAGCACAGUGUUCAGUGGGAGGAGUGUCGACCAGCGAAUGAGAGUGUGAACGAAUUUGUGAGUGAGUGAGCGAGUGAGCGAGUGAGUGAGCGAGUGAGCGAGUGAGUGAGCGAGUGAGUGAGUGAGUGAGUGAGUGAGUGAGUGAGUGAGUGAGCGGGUGAGUGAGUGGGUGAGUGCAUGAAUGAGCGCUGAACAUUGAGCUACGUGAACCUGUGUGAACUCCCUUAAAUUAACAACGCUUCUUCACAGCUGUUACCUCUGUAUUGGCCUCAGCUGCACUUUGUUUUUAACUCUAUUUAGCAAACGAUGGUAAGAUUUUUUUCCCCAGCUUAUGUUUCUGUGUCGUUACAUACAUUUGUGUCAGUAGACGGACUCUAGUAAGACUCUAAAGGUCUUACUAGCAUCUAGAGAAAUGCUUCCUUUAACCAGUUGUUGCUCCGCAGACAGUAUUAUUAUGUUUUACCUCUAGAAUAACACUUCACACAAUACUGAUAAUAUUAUUAAAUAAUAUUUGGGGUGAUUGUUCAGAAAAUAACCAUCAGACAUGUGGUGUAAUAAAAAAAUAAAUCAAUCAAUUUAAUAUUAAUAAUUUUGUGUUAGAUACAAGAGAGUUUUAAACUUUGCCUAUUGAUUGUGUGUUGAAAAGAGCAGAAUAUUGGGUCAAACGGACUCCUUUUACUUUGUUAAUGAAACAGCUGAAACCUUGCAAUAAUGUUAGUAGAUAAAACAGUAGGACAGUAGGACAUUGACAGGAAAAGCAUACAAGAGAAUGUGUGUGGAGGAGGGAUGGGAUGGGACGGCGCUCUAAAACCUCCUGACUACUCAUUUAUCUGAAGGAGGACGUACUUGCAGAGCAGUGGAAAUCCCACAGCACUUACAGUAACUAGUGGGGAGGAAGGGAGAGGUUCAGGCUGCCGAGAUCAACCUCCCACUGAAGCAGACAGCACACAAGGAGGAAAGACAUCUGGAAUACAACUGUACUACCAAAUACUGGAAUACUACCAAUAAUCAUUUUCUGAUCUCAGAACAGAACACAUUCAGUAAUAGCAUUAUUAUUUAGUGUACUUUUAAAUGUGUGUUUCACUUUGUUUCUCGUGUUAUAUUUCUACUAAAAGCAUUUAUUAGAGAAAAGGCUUGGGCUUUUGGACUUCUGUUCAUUUAUACCUUGUAAUUUCAUUCAAAAGUAAAAAGUGCUUGCUGUCA